AUACAUCCAUAUAGCACCAGAGCGGCGCUAUACACACAAGUCGCGAUACUUUUUGUACAUUUUGUAAGAUUUCGCUGAUUGAAAAGUUUUAAUAUCAUAUUUUACAAGUUUUGAAUUCCUGAUAGUUUGUGUUGAUAAUAAUCAUUAUGUUGAUCAAAGUUAAGACAUUAACUGGAAAGGAGAUAGAAAUUGAUAUUGAACCAACAGAUAAGGUGGACAGAAUAAAAGAACGAGUAGAAGAAAAGGAAGGAAUUCCACCACAACAGCAAAGGCUUAUCUUUAGUGGAAAACAAAUGAACGAUGACAGGACAGCUGCAGAUUACAAGGUGCAGGGAGGGUCCGUGUUGCACUUGGUACUAGCUCUCAGAGGUGGCAGUCAUUGAUGAUGAUACAAGUUGUGUUGGGCAAUAUAAUUAAACUAAUCAAAACCAGCUUAUAAAACACAAUAAGGGCUAAUAGAUGUAACACUGGUUACUCAAGUGUAGCUCACUGUGCUUCAACAUAACAGAUUCUAUUAACAUAUAAUAUUGUUAUUCUAGGGUUAGCUUUACACAGCUGCCCUAAGUGAACUUGUCGGCAGCCUGGGUCCCAAUACUAAUAGUCUAUGUGUUAUCGUAAAUUUUCAUCAAGAAAAGUUCUUAAUCGUAAACAUAAAUAUCCUUUUAUAGAAAUUAUUGAAAAUUUAUACUAAUGGUAUUUAUAAGUGAAAAAACAAAAACAAUGUAUGGAAUAUUAUAAUUUUGCUAAUUUUUUUUUUUAAUAUAAAAGGAAUUAGUUUAGUUGAAUAUACAAGUUGGCGCAAUUAAAAUUGAAAAUGUAAAAUUCGGGUGGCACUAGUCUUCUCAUCAGCUGACAAAUCAUCUGGUUGCACAUGAGAUGUCAAUUUAAGUUUUAAAUUACUAACAACAUGAAUUGUAAAGUGUAUUGUACAUUAUUCAGCUCCAUGAUUCUACAUCACAUGAUGACAUGUAACCCCUUGGAAAUGAAAUUAUAGAAUCCGUGUACAAAGCAUAGCUUACACUAGAGCAAUUUAGACGUUGAUGCAAACAACCACUACAGAUUAGGAAGCUCUCAAUUGCAGAAUGACGAAAGGACGUACCCUAACCCUAUGACAUCACAAAGAAGUCAUGUGCGCAUGCAAGAACGUUGAGUUCUCGCGUCCGGGAUUCUAGGACGCAAUUUAGCCAGAAUAUAGAACGUAGGACGGUCACGCACGAUCAAUCCAUUUUCGAGUUGCAUUUUUCGUGCGAAUCGAAAGCGCCCCACUGUAGCAUAGGUGCCACCAACAUAUCCGAUUGCUCUGGUGUAAACCACAAUCAAGUAGUGAAAUAGUCAGGAUUCCAGGCUGUUAUUGUAUUCUUCAGAAUGCCACCAUCUAUCCCCAUUUAUUGCUGAACUAGGCUUCACUCCUCGCUGGUGGCGCUGUACCGAAUAGAAAAAGAGAAAUGUGCAUUGAUGUUCAAUGAAGAAGGCACUUUUUGUUGUCACUGACUGGCCUAACAAAAUUGGCUCAAGAGAAAUGUGGCAAAGAAGUACUUUUGAAGAAAAAAAAAUAAAACUCAAAAUGUUGAACAAA